UUAUUUUGCUCCCUGCUGUCUUAACGAAAAGCCUCCGCAAAACAUCAAUUCUUCAAGGCAACGAAGCAGCAGAAGAGCUCAGCGUACAGUAUGGGUUCGACAUUCGAUCAGAAGUUGUCACCAGCAGCAGUUUGAUGAUUUGUGAUGACCUUAUUGCAAACGUGGAUCUCGUUGCUAAAUAUAUCUUUAAUAAAAACGGAUCCGCCGAAGCGUUAGCCAUUUUUCCAAACGGUUGCGAAGAAGGUAUCGAAAUUGGACGACUUGGUCGAGAAUGGAACGUGCCAGUACUUCCGGUAGCGGUAUCAUAUACAACCCAAAAACAAGUCCAGUUUUUUCCAACACUCGUAUCAUUUGCGCCUGUGAAUAUUACUGCACUUUAUCAAGCACACAUGGAUCUAUUCCAGUUAUUCUCGUGGACCAAUAUUGUUGUGAUAUACGAUUCCUUCGUCAAGAAUGUCUUUUACUCCCAAGUUGGCGAAUAUAUGCGUCAAGCCGCUUUAUUAUAUCCGAACAUGAAAAUGUACUAUUACAGUUUCGAUACCUCAAAGAAUUACAGCUUCACUGAUACACUAGCGCAAAUUAAACUGCAAACGCGAGUUGUUGUACUCGGGUUUCACGCCAGUGUUAUCCGCACAUUUAUGAUCGCCGCGCACCACUUAAACAUGACCAAUGAAUACGUGUAUGUGACCACGAUUCCAUUUGACAAUAAGCCACGCUAUGGGAUUCUCAAAGCUCGCGAAGAAAGAAAUAACAUUUCCAAUGAGGAGGCUGUAGCAUACAGAAGCCUUUUCCAAAUAUCAACAAGUUGUACAAGAAGAAACCAACAAAGCGCCUUACAAAGUCUCCAACGCAAAAUUAAACUUCAUGGUAUUAGGAAGUACAAUGCCUUGUACGAAGCAGAAGCGGAAGAUGAUCAGCCCAGUGCUAUCGCCAUGGCUGGCUACUUUGGGACCAAAGCUUAUGGUCAGGUUUUGUAUGAAACUAUUCUGAACGGAGAGGAUCCUUCGGAUGGAGCCGCACUACGCAGCCGAUUCCUUAAUCGAACGUUCACCUUCUCUGGCCAAAACAUUCAUAUUGAUGAAACCGGAACCAGACUUACGGAUAUCUGCAUCAAAGAUUAUGUUGCGGAGCUGAAUGAUUUUGAACCAGCGAUCUUUUACGAUUCGGACCUGGCUGGAGCAUCCAGUGCACUGAGCUUUAUAAAAACCAUAGACUGGGGAACAAGUGACAACAAUCCUCCUUUAAACGAACCACCCUGCGGCUACGCCGCAAAAUCCAACAACGAUUUCAGCUGUCGACGCGAAGGAUCCCAAACGAUCGCCAUCCCGUCCACAAUUGUGCCUGUCGUCGUGAUCCUGGCGGUGCUUUUGUGGCAGAUUCGAAGAUAUAACGCCGCCGGUGACGACGAGUGGUGGAAAAUUCAUCCCGUUGAACUUCGUACAUCCAGUGAUGAAACGGAACUGAAUGAUGGUGCCACUAGGAUAGCCGUAUCUCAAAAACCGCGUUCCCAUGCCAUAUUAUGGUACAAGGAUCUGCCAGUGCAUGUGAAGAAAAUUAAAAUAUCAUCUAAAAUGUACCCCUCUACGGCUGAAGCGAUCGCACUGAAAAAGAUGAAAACGCUCGCGUACGACAACCUGGUGCGUAUGUUGGGAAUCAGCCUCAAUCAAAGCGAACUUACCAUAGUACACGAAUAUUUCCCCAAAGGAAACGUCGCGCAAAUUUUAAAAACCGUUCAUCUGGAUUGGACUUUUCGAACAUCAUUUAUCAGUGACUUAUUAAAGGGACUGAAAGUUAUACAUUCUUCUUCCUUGUUCCAUCACCAUGGUCAUAUUUCUUUAUCCUGCUGUUUAAUGACGCCAGUAUUUACGUUAAAAUUAACUGAUUUUGAACUACACAAAAUCGUCAUUUAUCCAGAACUGGUACAAAAAGAAAGUGUUACCAGUAUUUCGGACCCAGACGCCGGCUUCAUCGCUCCCGAGCUCGCUGAAUACGUAAAGUUAUAUCCAUAUCAUCUCUGGAUGCUAGGGAAAUAUGCAGAUCCUUCCGCUGAUAUAUAUUCAGUGGGUUGUUUUAUGGAGUAUCUCUUGGAAGAUGCUCAUGCAGAGGAUAAUAUACACAUAAAUGAAAAUGCAGUGAAAGGUUUGGCUAACUUGUGCAAAAGGUCACCGCCACAUGAGCGGCCACAAAUUAAUGCCGUGCAGAAAGAAUUCCAGAGUAUAACCAAUUCCAAGAAUGAUUUAAUAAUGGAUUAUCUGCUAAGGAGAAUGGAAAUUUAUGCUAAUAAACUGGAAACCAUUGUACAUGAACGAACAGUGGCGCUUCAGAAAGAAAAGGAGUUAUGCCACCAAUUAUUAUUGCAAAUGCUGCCCAGAUCCAUUGUCAACCAGUUGAUCGCAGGACACCAAGUCCAACCACAGAUAUAUUAUGGAGUGACAAUAUGUUUCAGCUCUUUAGUAGGAUUUGUGGAGCUACUUGCAGUCCAGACUCCAUUUUUCGUCGUCCAACUGCUAAACACCGUCUUUUCCACGUUCGAUAGCUGUCUGAGCGGUUUUGAUGCAUACAAGGUCGAAACAAUUAGCGAUAGCUAUAUGGUAGCCAGCGGCUUGCCGGAGCCAAAUGGAAAUCAGCAUGCCACAGAAAUUUGUUCUUAUGCCGUUUUGUUAAUGCGUACUUUUUACUCACGGGUAUCGAAUGGGCAAGACAUCCACAUGAAGAUCGGAAUUCAUUCCGGAGCAUGCGCGGCUGGCGUCGUUGGAAGCAAAUGCCCUCGAUACUGUUUGUUUGGAGAUACGGUAAAUUUGGCGUCUCGCCUGGCAUCCCAUGGAUUGCCAUCGAGAAUACAUCUUAGUUCAGAGACAAAAAAUUAUACGGAAUUGAGUGGUCGUAAAUCUGGUCUCAAAUUCGUUUUAAGGGGCGAAACUGAACUGAAGGGUGCUGGGAGAAAACUGACCUACUGGCUGCUACACAGUCCUGGCGACCUGACUUCGCUCGAAUUUCUACCCGCAGUGGAAUAAAUUAUUAACAAGUGGAAACUCCAGCCUUUUUUAAAUUUUUGUUUAUGAAUGGCAGAUUUAGAAAUAAGAUGACGAUGUGGCCGAGUAACGAAGCAUCGAAUCUGAAGGCAGCCUUACGGGUUACUCACUUAAUGUUCACUCACUUAAUUCUUGACGUAUAUGCUACCGUCUGGCGCCUUGUACCUGGAAACCAUAGAAUUAUCCCUAUAAUUAUGUACUGUAUAACAUUUUUAAUGCUAUUGCCCAUUUUGUUGUGUUCUGAAUUUUCUGCUCAGGCUUAUGAUCAUAUAUAUAA